AGAUGUUUUAAAUGAAAAGCUGAAUUAUUUCACAAUGAGCACCGCUGUUGAAAAAGAAAAAAGACUCAUGUCUUCAAAAAGGAUUUCAACAAUUGAAGAUGAGGCAGAUGUAUUUGAAAUUACUGAUUUCACAACAGCCUCCGACUGGGAGAGGUUUAUAGCCCGUUUAGAAGAAAUUCUCCAUGAGUGGAAACUUGUGAAUCAUGAACCUCGAGCCCCGGCUAUGAAAGAUUUGUAUGCAACAGGUACAUGGGCGGAGAGAACAGAGGAAGUCGUCUUUGCUGAUUUCCGGUUUACAUUCACAUACUAUUUUCUGAAGAUUAAUGAAGUAACUGCAUCAAAUGUCAACUCUAAGAAAGAAGAAGUUGAGGAAUUGGAUGAGGAUCAUAAAACACCCACUGUAUUUUUUGAUCUUAUGAACUUUGAAAAUGAUUUCCCAUCUCGUUCUCAUUUUUUGUGCCGUUGGUAUGGACUGCAAGAAUUUUUUACCCUGACACCAGUCAGUGAAAAGCAAUUGAUUGAAGGUGAGAGCAAGACCAAGUUGCUGCUGAGUUCUGCCUCUAUAGCGUUUGGGAACUCGAACUGCAGCAUUCCUGUUUUCAUACAACUUCAGCAGAAAUGGAGGAAACUGUUUACGGGCACAUCCUUAGUGCGUGGGGCAAGUAUAGAAUUUGAAAUGUCUCACCUGCGCCGAUUGCCCUCCCAGUUCUGCCAUCUAGCGGGACUCCUGGACGUGUUCAAAUCCAAACUGGGCUGCGUCUACAUCUCCAUGCCCCCAGUGUCUGUGUCUGUCAGGUUCACUUACAUCCUUAAAGACUGGUUUCACUCUGCAUGGCCUCAGAUGCCCCCUGACUUCACUUCCAUCUGUGAUGGUGAAGUGGGUUAUGGUGAUAUAAACAUUCUCCCCUUUGGUGCGUGCUCCGAUCCGAUCAGCGAGCUCCACCUCUCGUGCACUUGGCCCUGCCUUUCAGAAGACAUGAUUGUAGAAAACAGCCUGUACUCUGAUUUGGACCCACUUCAGGCUCCACAGUGGACUGUGAGCUUGCAAAUGGCGGAUGACCUGAGCUGCCUUCUUGGCGAGUUCCUUAGGGAUUUCCUCAAACUGUGUGACCGCUUGGAAAGCACAGAUGAAGUUUUAAAGAAGGUCAGCGCAGAAAACGAUGGUGACAAGAACGCAGAAAUCUCACAUGCCUUGCAGAGACUCACAGAGCCGGUGCCGGCCCUAUCGUCGAUACCAUCCCUGGGCAACGUGAUGUCAUCAGCCUCAUCAAGAAUCAAGUUAAAGCCUGAGGAAGCACCAAUUCCUGAAGCAAUAUUGGAUAAAAUUUUGUACUUCCUUUUCCCAGAUGCAAGAGUUCCCAGGAGCCACAGCGGAGGGAGAUUGCCCACCAAGAACAAACGUAAAGAGUCUAUUGUGUCAACUGCCUCAGAGUCUCUCACAUCCUCUGCCUCUGAACAUGCCACAGAUGAAGAGAGAAAGCCUGAUGAAGAGAAAAUAGCCGAUGCUCUAGCUGAACUCAACAAGCAAUUAAAGUCUGCGCCCAUAGAAAGUCUGACCCAUAAACUGAGCCUGGCACUGUGCAAUGUCAAUAAAAACUUUGGGGGACUCUUGGGUGUGGCCCACCUAUGGCAAGAGUUUAUCCUGGAAAUGAGAUUUCGCUGGGAAAAUAAGCACCUUAUAAGUGGGAUAGAGAAAGGAACCCCAAAUAUGGGCUCAUGCCUUUUGCAUCAAAAACUUCAAAUGCUGAAUUGUUGCAUCGAGUGCAAGAUAAAACGCGAGUCUGUUGGUUACGGAUAUGGUCCAGACUCUCAGAACAUUUAUGAUCAGUCUUUGGAAGAUAUGAAAGACCUACCAGAUGGUUUAAGUGCUAAAGAAAUGAAAAGGCUGAGCAAGACUGCCUCCCUCCUUAACUCUAGUGAUGAUGACGAGGAGUUUUUCGAAUGCCAUGAAAAUGAUGAGGGGGAGGGGGCUGGUGGUGGGGAAGAUGAUGUUGAUGCAGGGGAAAAGAGAAAUGGAGAUGAGUUUGUAACAUCUAACAGCCUUGAGGUCACUGGGGUUAAACCGGAAGGUCAAGAUAAUGACAAGCAUACAAGAGGUGCAAAGAAAUCCGCCAGCGAAAACUCAAGUGAGAAAAGUGUGUUUUUAGAUUCUUUCACCCACCGGCCUGAAGGCAGACUUGUGGCAAUGAAAAAUGUUUUCCUACUGUCUACUGGGGAGCAACUUUUUAUUCCUGUCACUCAAGAGCCAUCCCCUAUGACGGAGGACAUGUUGGAGGAGCAUGCCGAAGUUUUGGCCAAACUUGGCUCCUCCGCUGAGGGUUCUCAGAUCCGAGCUCGGAUGCAGAGUGCCUGUCUUGUUUCGGAUAUGGAGUCUUUCAAAGCCGCCAACCCGGGCUGCUUCCUGGAGGAUUUUGUGAGGUGGUACUCUCCUAGAGAUUAUGUCAUUGACAGUGAGGACGGACAGACCAAUGAUGAAAUGGUGGGUGACAGUAGUGAUGUGGAGCAAAAUGCUGGGUCUUGUGUUGCCAGACGAGGUCACUUAAGCCAGAGGAUGCAGAUUCCAGGCAACAUGUGGGUUGAGGCGUGGCAGAGUGCAAAACCUGUGCCGGCCAGACGGCAGAAGAGGUUGUUUGAUGACACCAAAGAAGCAGAGAAAGUCUUGCAUUACUUGGCCUCCAUGAAGCCAGCCGAAGUCGUUCUCCACCUGAUGCCUUGCGUCGUCCACGCGGCCAUUGCCAAACUCAUCAAUGAGGCCGUUGAGGCUCGUGUGCCCAAUGUUAAAAAUAUAAUUGACAAGGUCAUAGCCAAUGCUGCAAAAGUGACCAGAAAUUUCCCCCUGGAUAAAAAAAAAUAUUUUGAUCUCCUGCGUCAGCUUGAAAUUGCUGAAAGUGUUACGGCUAGAACAACUUCAUUGAGAUCAAAGUUCACCAACGAUCCCUUAUCAACCCCAGAGCAGGAAGGAAAAGAGGAAGAGAUUGAAAGUUUUGUUACAGCUCUGCUUAGUCAGGGAGAAGUUCUGGUAAAAGGGGGUGCCUGUGGUCCGGCGGGCGCCAACAUACAUAAGAUGUUCAUUGCUGCGCAGAGAGCCAGUAACAUGAUACUGGAUGAUGAAGAGACAGUUGACGAGCUGGCAGACAAGACAAACCCCAUCUCACACCAAGACAGGAUAAACCACUUGAAAAGAACCAUUCAAAACCUUCCUUCCCCUUCUUCUGAUGUUCGUUCGUCCUCCUCAUGUUCAGACUUUCCAGCUCCCAGCAGCAGGGAGUACAUUCUUAGAGCCAUGGUCCCCCGCCCUGCACCUUAUUCCAAAGUGUUGCCUCAAAGAAUGUACUGUAUACUGGGGGAAGGGGAAAACAGACUGGCAGGAGCAUUUACUUCAGACUCAACAUUUCAGUAAGGUUCAGUCUGUUUUUAUUUGCUGUAACUUUGUUUGUUUCACUUUGCUUGGGUCCAAGUGGAGAAAUAUAUUUUACAGAGAAGAAUUAAAGCUCUUAUUCUUAUUUUUUGUUUAGGUUUAUGUUGUCUGACACUAAAUUGUUUGAAAAUAGGCUCUCCCUUUUUGUCCCUUGUUUAUAAUAAGUAGACUUUGAUUACAAAUUGAGGAUAGACUCUCCCUUUUUGUCCCUUGUUGAUAAUGAGUAGACUUCGCUUACCUGUCCCAAACUAAAAUUAUAAAGUUAUCUAACCAGUUCAAACAUGAUGGUGAAAAAGUUAAACAUUUAUUUAUGCCUGAAUAAUUUUAUCUGUAAGAGAUUGCUAAGAAUUCUUUUAAAACUAUGCAGCAUACUUGUAAAAAGAUUUGAAAUUAUUUGUGUAUCAUAGUAUAUAUCAGUGUGUCUCAGCAUAUUUCGUGGGGGUCACGAAAAUUUUGAAAAAGGAUUUUUUUAAUUCAUAAAAGGGCAGUUAAAUGUUAAUAUCAGGCAAAGUUGCCACCAAGGUGGUCAAAUAAUGAACAUUCAAGUAAACCACAACAAAAAAUGUUUAGAAACGCUAGAAAUUUAAGAAUAAUUAAUUUUGACUGGAAAAACUCCAUUUCUUUCUUCAACUAGGUGGCAGUUUGUAAGAUUUAUACCUGUGACAGUUUCAGUGUGGAAAAGGACAAGGGAAACAAUUCACUGUUUUUUAUCAGAAUACCUUCUUAGAUUAAAUCUCAUUGGACUAGAAAAUCAUUUUUAGUCUGGUCGUUAAUCUACUUGAGCUAGAGAAUCAUUUCUAGUCUGGUCCUUAAUCUCUCUAGUCUGGUCUUUAAUCUCCUCAGGCUAGAGAAUAAUUUCUAGUCUGCUUCAUUGUCAUUGGGUGAUAUUACAAGUCUUCAUAGUUGCGGACACUCAAACGUUAUUUAGAGAUUGAUGCUAUUAGUAUUAGUUUCAUUUUUUUCUUUUAAUUUAAAUAAUAGUUCCAUGUAAAAAUAUUGAGUAGAUGUAGAACAAUAGAAGUACUCACACCUAGUUUCUCCACAUGCUACUCAAAAAUAGAUUCUAAUAAGUUUUAGCUACACAGUUUGCUGUUGUUGAGGUUUACUGUGAUCAGAAAAGCACACAUUAGAAACUAUUUCUUUCACGUUUGAAUUACAUUGUUACUGUGUGUUUUCAAAUACAUUUACAAGAUACAUAUAAUCGAAACUGUUUUCAACUUUUAGUUGUGCAUAUUUUCAACAUAUUUUGGUUAGUCUAAAUAUACCACAAUGUAUAUUUUGGAUACAAAUUUAAAAGUUUAUGAGAAAUUUAAAAAAUAAUACCAGUAUGCAUAAAAUUACUAAUGCAAAAGUAUAUUUCUUACCC